UCUCAGAUCAAUUCUGUUUAAAGUGCAAUGUUUGUAGCAGAGCUUGGACACAGGAAGGUCAGGUAUAGGAUCAAGGCUGCAUUUAUAUAAAGACAGAGGAAUAUGCACUGGAAAUCCUUGCUUAGAAAAGGAAAAAGACCAGAGGAUUUUGCAAGGCACGCUAUGAGGAUCUUAAUUUUUGUCCUCACACUGGGUGUUUUCUCGUGUUCAGGGUUUCCAGUGUAUGACUAUGAACUCCCUGUCACAGAAGAGGCUCUCAAUGCUUCCAUUGCAAGGAUCAAUUCUCAGUCAUGGGGGACAAACCUGUACGGUGUUGUCAGGAGCCAUGUCACAAGAGUUGACUGGUGGAACAGCGAUGCCUAUAGACUAGACCUGCAGUUCAGCAUUCGUGAAACUGUGUGCACAAAAGCCUCAGGGAGAGACCCAUUCACAUGCGACUUCAAAAUUGGACCUUUCGUGUCAACCGCUUUCUGCAGAAGUGUUGUGGAAGUCUCCGGUGAGCUGAUCUCAAACAUUAUCGUGCAGUGCCACCGUGGCACAUCCAGCUCCGAAUCGAUGAGCAGCGAGGAGAUGAUGCAUAUGCCGAUUAUGAACCCCAACAGGCGGGGCAGCAGUCGCAGAGAAGAUGUAUUGGCUCCUGAAGCCUUCCCUUUAAGGGGAAGAGGCGGCAGCCGUGCAGACUGGCAUAAACCCAGCUAUUUUGGCUCUGACAAGAUUGAAUAAUAUGGUUUGGAGUGGAGAAUGAGAAGAAUCAAGAUUGGAAGAUCCAGUCGUGGUUUAACACCAGCCAGCAACUAAGCAGAAAGAAGAAAGAACCUGAUGCCAUUUCCUUUCCUUUUUCGUGAAAAACUAUUCUGUAAUGAAGUGACAGUCUUUCCCUAAACUCACUUCCUGCUACAACGUCAAAUGGCCAUUGGAUGAACUCAUGAGAUGCUAAAUGUGCGUGCUUGUCAGUCGAUAGCCGCCUUCUGAUGUGUUAGAGCUCACUGGAAGGACUGUCUCAGACGCCUGGCUAACUGUGUCCAGUAUGUGUUGUACCAUCCCAUAAUGAUGCUAUUAAAGGAUCAUUAUUCCGUCUGUUUGUUCUGGGUUGCUCUCUGGUUGCUUGUAAUUUUCUGCAAUGCUUGUAGCUAAUUUUGAUUCAUUCAAACUAAUAAAGGUGCUGAAUUCCUUUU